UCAAACAAAGGCAAGAGACAGGCACAGCAAUCUGUUUGGCUGUGCAAGGAUCACCACAGGUGUCUUGGGAAACAGCGAGAGGCACAGCCCAGGGAUGGUGUUCCUCUCCUUCCAAAGCAGUUUCUGGCACAUGCUCCAGCUGCAGCUCUUCUCCUGUUCAGCAAGUGGAGGAGCAGCACCAGCUGCGCCCCAAAUUCCCUCUCCUGUGCUGAGCGCUCAGCCACAAGGGCACGUGUUCACACACAUCUGCACCCUGGGGCAGUGCUAAGGGAGCUCCAUCAGCUCAAGUAUGCGCUCCCAGGAGGGCAAGUGUGUGCAGUUGCAGCUGGAAAGCACAGAUGUUGAGGAAUACAUUUGGUGAAGGAGCUCGGGGUACAGCUGCAGUGGGAGCUGCAGGUUGAGCCUUGGGUGGCAGGACCUCGAGGCACGGGGAGGGGAUCGGACACUCAGAGACGGGGCAGGAACUGGGGACUCGGGAGGGAGAGCUAAGACUCUGUGUGCUUAGACUGCGAAAGUACAAAAGCCCCGGGGGUUCAAGGUCCGUGCUCAGAGACACCAGCUCAAGCUGUUUCUGUUCCUGCGCUGUGAAUAAAUGGCUUUGUGGAACGAGAAUCUGAGUCUCUGCUAUGGGAAACCUGGGGUUGAACUGGGUUGGUUAAAAACGUAUGGUUACUUACUUCCAUCUGACAGCCAAAUGUCUGCCUUGCAGUCGGGAAAAGCUGUGCAGUCUGCAGUUGCCACUAUGCAACAGUUUUAUGGGAUCCCAGUGACAGGAGUUUUGGACGAGACAACUAUUGAGUGGAUGAAGAAGCCUCGAUGUGGAGUUCCAGACCAUCCCCAGCUACGCCACAGCCGGAGGAAAAAGCGCUAUGCACUCACCGGCCAGAAGUGGAGACAGAAGCACAUAACCUACAGCGUACACAACUACACCCCCAAGGUUGGUGAGAUUGAUACAAGGAGAGCCAUCCGUCAGGCCUUUGAUGUUUGGCAGAGAGUGACACCGCUUACCUUUGAAGAGGUUCCUUACCAUGAAAUUAAAAAUGACAGAAAGGAGGCAGAUAUUAUGAUAUUUUUUGCUUCUGGUUUCCAUGGAGACAGUUCUCCAUUUGAUGGAGAAGGUGGAUUCCUGGCUCACGCUUACUUUCCCGGACCAGGGAUUGGAGGAGACACUCACUUCGACUCAGAUGAGCCAUGGACCCUGGGAAAUUCUAAUCACGAUGGGAACGAUCUCUUCCUGGUCGCGGUCCACGAGCUGGGGCACGCGCUGGGGCUGGAGCACUCCAACGAUCCCAGUGCUAUCAUGGCUCCUUUCUACCAGUACAUGGAGACACACAACUUCAAACUGCCCCAGGAUGACCUCCAAGGAAUUCAGAAAAUCUAUGGUCCUCCCAUUGAGCCCCUGGAGCCAACCAGGCCUUUACCAACUCUUCCUGUUCGCAGAAUUCACUCGACUUCGGAAAGGAAACACGAGAGACAGCCACGACCCCCCAGCCCUCCUCUGGGUGACAGGCCAGCUCUCCCUGGCUCCAAACCGAACAUCUGUGAUGGCAACUUCAACACUGUGGCUCUCUUUAGAGGAGAAAUGUUUGUUUUCAAGGAUCGCUGGUUCUGGCGGCUGCGCAACAACCGCGUGCAGGAGGGAUAUCCCAUGCAGAUUGAGCAGUUCUGGAAAGGCCUCCCCGCCAAGAUCGACGCGGCCUAUGAGCGCUCUGAUGGCAAAUUUGUUUUCUUCAAAGGAGAUAAGUACUGGGUUUUUAAGGAAGUGACAGCAGAGCCAGGCUACCCCCACAGCCUGGUGGAGCUGGGGAACUGCCUGCCCCGGGAGGGCAUCGACACGGCCCUGCGCUGGGAGCCCGUGGGCAAAACCUACUUCUUCAAAGGGGACAGGUACUGGAGGUACAACGAGGACAAGAGAGCCACAGACCCAGGAUACCCAAAGCCCAUCACCGUGUGGAGAGGAGUCCCUCAGGCUCCUCAGGGAGCUUUCAUCAGCAAGGAAGGCUUUUACACCUACUUUUACAAAGGGAAGGAGUACUGGAAGUUCGAUAACCAGAGGCUGAGCGUGGAGCCAGGCUACCCCAGGUCAAUCCUGAAGGACUGGAUGGGCUGUAACCAGAAGGAUGUUGAGCAGAGCAAAGACCGGCGGCUCCCGCACGACGACGUGGACAUCAUGGUGACCAUCAACGACGUGCCCAGCACCGUCAACGCCAUCGCAGUGGUGAUCCCCUGCAUCCUGUCCCUGUGCAUCCUCGUCCUGGUGUACACAAUCUUCCAGUUCAAAAACAAAGAGGUGCAGCAAAACGUUGUGUACUACAAAAGACCUGUCCAGGAGUGGGUAUGACACAGCCUGCUGCACAUUGCACCUCGUCGAGCUGCUGAGGACUAUGGACGUGCAAAAAAAAGAGAAAAAUGCAUUGAAAAGCCUACCAAACAAAACUGCUUCAGUGACCUACAAGUUUUAGACAGCCUGGGACUGAAAUAAGCAGGAAAACUGGAAAAAAUACAGGCAGGCAGCCUUGCAGUGUGGAGCCUCUUUCCUUCGUGCUGCCUCGGUCGCCUGUCGGUCGCGGUGCAUCCACAGGCUCGCUCUGCCAGCACCAGAGUCUUCAAGACAGGUUUCAACUGAUCUGGGAAACUUCAUUCAGUUCCCUGCACCAGUGCCCCCUGUUAAACCCAGCAUUCUCCAGUGUAGCUAAACCACCUCUGAACAGAACCAUUUUUUUAAUAGCUGUCUCAUAAACGAAUUAAGAUCAUGAAAUCUAUGAACGGGAACAAUUCAGUGUCAUAAGCAGAAGACAUUCUGAUGCUGAACCAUUCUAAAAGAUCUUCUUAGUUUAUUACAAAAUCCAGGGAUCUACCUGGAUAACAAUUUCCAAUACCUGCUGGUCAGAUGUUUUGUACAUUCAUAACUAAUCAACGCUGCCACUCAGCACAGUGCACAAGGAACCACCGAGCACUCAAAGAGGUACCGGAGUGCGGAGCAGAAGCUCAAGAAGCACCAAACCAGACACUUGGCAACAUCAAGCCCUAGACUAGGACAAUCUGAAGACAAAGUAAUUGGGUCUAAAAAAAAACCAACCAACCAAUCAUAGGAAUACAUGUUUUUGUUUUGGGAGCCACUUAUGAAAGAAAUAUUUAAAUGUCAUAUAAGUUGGUUUAAGCUCCCAGCAGCAAGAACCAAUGAACCAAUGGGUACUGAAAUACCAGGAAUAUGUGUAGACUUAGACUGCACUCUGCCCCUGUUAAGACACCGGGAAAAGAUGAGUUGUUGUUCUGUGGCACGUGUAACUAGAUUGUGGAAUUUGUACGUUGGGUUUCAGGAGAAUGGAAAUGUUUGUUUGGAGUGAGGUCGUCAUUAUAUUUUGCUGAAAUAGUCAAGGUACAGUAAGAAUUAGGCCUGUUUAUAAAACUAAAUCCAAGCCCUGUAGAUGUUACAAACAUUGUAUGCCUUCGAAAUUUGGGGUUUUUUUUGUUUUGCUCACUUCUUCACAGGCAAAUAUUUGGCAAGGACCAAAGGGAGCAUGCCACACAGUAGAAUGAGUUCAUCACUAGCCACGUUUGACAGAGCCAUAAAAAUCAGGUAAAGGCUAGAAAAAUACCUUAACUUCCAGCUAGUGAGUUUUCACGAGUCUCUUCCUACAACAGUAGCUUCUGCUUGUCCCUCUUCCAGUCGUGAGUGGUUCAGGAUGUUCUGUCCUAACCAUAAACUUUUGAUUUUCCUGUUGAUGCUGAUAUUUCUACCAUGUUGAAUAAGAGUAGAAGAGCCUCUUGCAGUACAGUGUCAUGGCAAAGUCCAGCCCUGUACAGAAGUGCCAUCCAUGUCAGCACAGGAACUGCUUUGCACGCUCACCGUGAUUACGAUUCCAUGAUAAUCACGGGUGAUUAGCCUAAGCCCUCUGCCUAUAACUGAACUUUAUUCAGUGCAAAUGAAGUGCAAUGCACAGAAUGUCCAGUUAGUAUAGAAAAAGUACAGCUUUAUAAUGUCAGCUCUGAAACAAACCCCACGGACAACAAACAUGCUAAAACUAUUCCUAACUACAGUGAGGAACGAAGCAGCAGAGAGAUUGUUAGCAUUCUGGAUUGCUAAUUAGUGCUCAAAUAUUGCUCUGGUGAAGCAGGAUAGACACAUAGAUACGUCUGGUGAAGCCCACUAGGACUGCAUAACGUGUGGUCUCAAACUGUAUUUUGUCCUUCAUAACUGAUUUCCAUAGCCAAGCUGUUUAUUGUGUUUAAACAUAAAAUAUUACCAACAUAUUACAAAAUAAGUGAGAAGCAAGUAGAUGAGAAACUUCGAGUUGUAGUGAAACCUGUGCUAACGUCUCAUGAUGGGUGAAGGAGUGCAAAGGACCAAACGAAAUCGGAGCUACUAAUCAGACACCCCCACGCUACUCCGUGUUGCUCUGUGUACUAGAGGUGUGGUAGGACGCACACCAGGACUCCACAGCCACCUCGGUCUCAUCUGUAUGCUGCCAUCUCUCUGGGGCUGGCACAGCCCAAACCUUUGAGCAACUUCCAACAGCCAUCAUUUAAAAAAAAAAAAAAAAAAAAAAAAAGAAUUUACAAC